AUGGCUUCAGUUGGUGCAGUCAAAUUCUUGUUGUGCCUAGCUCUAUGGCUCUGGAACUUUCUACCUCCUUGUCAAGUGGGAGGUGGCACAGCAGGGUGCCCUUUGGCUGCAACCCUCUCUCAGAACUUCAGUGUUCUGCUGCUUGAAAGAGGGGGUGUUCCUUUCACCAACCCCAAUGUCUCUUUUCUUGAGAACUUCCACAUUACCUUGGCAGACAUUUCUCCAACUUCGGCUUCUCAAUACUUCAUCUCAACUGAUGGAGUCUACAAUUCAAGGGCAAGGGUCUUAGGAGGUGGCAGUUCUAUCAAUGCUGGCUUCUACACUAGAGCAAACCCAAGGUUUGUAAAGAAGGUGGGGUGGGAUGCUAAGCUUGUAAAUCAGUCAUAUCCAUGGAUUGAAAAGCAAAUUGUUCACCGUCCAACGUUUUCACCUUUUCAGAGAGCAGUGAGGGACAGUCUAGUAGACUCUGGUGUGUCACCUUUUAAUGGCUUCACCUAUGAUCAUCUCUAUGGAACCAAAGUUGGUGGAACCAUUUUUGACAGAUUUGGCCGCCGCCACACGGCUGCGGAAUUGCUUGCUUCGGGGAGCCAUGACAAACUUACUGUUUUGGUCUAUGCCACUGUCCAAAAGAUUGUGUUUGAUACAAAAGGAAAGAGACCAAAAGCUGUGGGGGUUAUUUUUCAAGAUGAAAAUGGGAAACAGCAUGAGGCUAUUCUGGCAAAUGAUAGGCAUAGUGAAGUGAUAAUGUCUAGUGGGGCAAUUGGGACUCCUCAAUUGCUAAUGCUUAGUGGAAUUGGACCAAAAGAAGAACUCCAGAAGUUGAACAUCCCAGUGGUCCUUGACAAUCAUUUUGUUGGGAAAGGAAUGGUAGACAAUCCCAUGAACACAAUGUUUGUUCCUUCUAAAAGACCAGUUCGUCAGUCACUCAUAGAAACUGUUGGUAUCACCAAGAUGGGUGUGUACAUUGAGGCUAGCAGUGGGUUUAGUCAGUCCAAUGAUAGCAUUCAUUGCCACCAUGGCAUCAUGUCAGCUGAGAUUGGGCAGCUGUCCACAAUUCCUCCUAAGCAAAGAUCACCAAAAGCUGUUCAAGAAUUUAUCAAGAAUAAGAAAGAACUACCGAUUGAAGCAUUUAAGGGAGGCUUUAUUUUGUCAAAAGUUGCCAAUCCAUGGUCAGUUGGUGAGCUCAAGCUGGUCAACACCAAUGUGCAUGACAACCCUGCUGUUACCUUCAACUACUUCAGUCAUCCAUACGAUCUUCAGCGCUGUGUUAAGGGGAUCCGCUUGGCCAUUAAGGUUGUCCAGUCAAAACACUUCACAAACUACACUUUGUGCGACAGAAAAACCGCAGAUGAACUGCUCAACCUCACUGUCAAGGCUAAUGUCAACUUCAUACCCAAGCAUGCCAAUGACACAAAGUCACUAAAGCAGUUCUGCAAAGACACUGUGAUCACAAUUUGGCACUACCAUGGAGGGUGCCGUGUGGGGAAGGUGGUCAACCCUGAUUACAUGGUCCUUGGUGUUGACAGCCUCCGUGUGGUAGAUGGCUCAACAUUUGAUGAAUCACCAGGAACAAAUCCUCAAGCCACUGUCAUGAUGAUGGGCAGGUACAUGGGACUGAAGAUUUUGAGAGACAGGUUGGGGAAAUUGUCUGGUAUAUAA